CGGAGGCCGUCGGCCCCGGCUGAGGACUGUGGGCGCGCCAUGCGCCGCGGGGGGCACUCGGCCGAGCGGCGUCUCCAGCUGCCAGUGUCCCCCGCUGGUAUAUUCGGCCUGGCCUUUGCGGCGCGGGUGGCCCUGGUCUUCUAUGGCGUCCUGCAGGACCGCGCGCUGCGCCUGCGCUACACCGACAUCGACUACCAGGUCUUCUCCGACGCCGCGCACUUCAUGGCCGCAGGCCGCUCCCCGUACCUGCGCGCCACCUAUCGCUACACGCCGCUGCUCGGCUGGCUGCUGGUGCCCGGCGUGCACCUGGGCCCGCUCUUUGGCAAGUUUCUCUUCAUCAGCGGGGACAUGGUGGCCGCCUUCUUGCUGUACCGCUUGCUGCGCUGCCGCGGCUUAGGUCGCCGCGGCGCUUGCGGCUACUGCGUCUUCUGGCUGCUCAACCCGCUGCCCAUGACCGUGUCCAGCCGCGGCAACGCCGACUCGCUGGUGGUCUGCCUGGUGCUGGCGGCGCUUUACCUCCUCGAGAAGCGACUGGUCGCCUGCGCCGCCGUGGCUUACGGGUUCGCGGUGCACAUGAAGUUGUACCCGGUGACCUACAUCCUGCCCAUCGCCCUUCACCUGCUGCCGGAGCGCGGUGACGGCUCGCGGCCGGCCCCGUGUUCACUCCAGGCCCGCCUGUACGAGUUCCUGAAGCGGCUGGGCAGUCGGUCCGUGCUGCUCUUUGUGGCGGUGACUGGGCUCACAUUUUUUGCCCUGACCUUCGGGUUUUACUAUCAGUACGGCUGGGAAUUUUUGGAGCACACCUACUUGUAUCACCUAACCAGGCGGGACAUCCGGCACAACUUUUCCCCAUACUUCUACAUGCUGUACCUGACGGCGGAGAGCAAGUGGAGUUUCACCUUGGGCAUGGCCGCCUUCCUCCCACAGUUAAUCUUGCUGUCAGCAGUGUCUUUCGCCUAUUACAGGGACCUUGUCUUUUGUUGUUUUCUUCACACGUCUAUUUUUGUGACUUUUAACAAAGUCUGCACCUCCCAGUACUUUCUGUGGUACCUCUGCCUUCUGCCCCUUGUGAUGCCGCUAGUGCGAAUGCCUUGGAGGCGAGCUGUACUGCUGCUGCUGCUGUGGUUUAUGGGGCAGGCCCAGUGGCUGGCUCCCGCAUAUGGGCUGGAGUUUCAAGGAAAGAACACCUUUCUCUUUAUUUGGAUAGCUGGUUUGUUCUUCCUUCUUAUCAACUGUUCCAUCCUAAUUCAAAUUAUUUCCCACUACAAGGGGAAACCCCUAAUAGAGAGGAUCAAAUAUGACUAAAACGUCCUCCAAUUACUCUGCUACUUAUAUCUAUUAUGCUCUGAUCUGUAUGGACCAGAGAGGAGCUUUGGAGAGUUUUUAAAACAUCCUAAGCACUCUACAGAAUUGCUCUGUUUGGAGCAUAAAAUCCUGUUGCGACAAAUUAAAACGAAUGUUUGCCUCAUAUAUAAAUGGGACUCUGAUUGAGGUUCCCUCUCUCGGAAGUCUUAGGGCUGAUCUACCUAGGACAUGAUGAAAAAUAAAGGUUAUCUAUUUGAAAAUGGGUAGGCUGAUCAAAGUUGCAGGUGCCAAAAAGUUUUUGUAGAAAAAUAGAAGAAUAUAGUCAGAGAGGUAAGGUCUCUGCCAGUAUUUGUUCUUACAUUCUGCUGCUGUUUGAAUCUGUCUUUAUCUUUUAACACCAACGUUUUCUUUUUAAAGCUUUCCUAAUGCUGUGAAAAUUCACAAAGUGUUUCUAAAGUACAACUUUUUGAUAUAAAUUAUUACAUUCUACUGUGCUCAGGUUGGGAAAGUUAAUUUUGUAUAAAGUGGGGUCUUAUGAGAUAAAGAAUCCCCAAAACUUAAGUAGUCAUGUUUCAUGUAUUUGUUUUAUAACCUAGUUUUUCAGGACUUAAUCUCCUAAUAUUCAACUACCAUUUGGUUUUAUACAGAAAGGAUUAAAUUUCAAUUUAAGCUUGAGUUUAAAACUUUAAACUUGAGUCUUUGCAUAUUUUAAAAUAACAUCUUGCUUUUGAUAUUUGAGUUCCACUGUUAGAACCUUUAGUGUUCUUCUAUACCUGUUUUUAAUUUUUUGAUUGCUAGAGUAAUAUUUUUCAUCUAGAAUAAAGUGUUAUCUUUGUUGUGAAAGUAAUAUUAGUAGAUUUUAACUAUUAAAAAGUUAAAGUAUUAGACAUUUCCCAGCUUAACAGUAACCCACUUGUGAAAAUUCCGUGAUGGAAAUGGAGGCCUGUACGGGAACUCCUAGAAGCAUAGGAAGCAUCUUAAGUAGCCAUUCACCUUCAAAACCAGAAAAUGGUCUUGGAAAUGAUGCUUUGGUGCACAGGUCCAUUCCCUUACUAUUACAAUAUUUCUGGGAGAAUAAUGCUUUCUGAGUUUCAAACAAGCAACCAAAAAAAAUCUUAACAUAGCCCUAUAGGUUGAGGACUCCCUAACACAAUAGUAUUAUGAGUUUGACUUUAUGAUUGUGGUUUUAAAAGGUAAGUAUUCUCGGGCCUCUCUGGUGGCGCAAGGGAUUCAGCACUGCACUAUGAGGUGAUCCGCAGCCUCUGCAGCAUGAGUUCAUCCCCGGCCGGCCAGGGAGAAACCACAUGGCGAAGCAGACCUCUCCUGUCUCUCCCGCUGCUCCCCUCAGCAGUGUGUUUCAGUCAGUCUGCCUGUUCUGUUCCCCACUCUGUCUCUGGUAAAUCCUCUCACCCCCCACAUCUCUGACCUGUACCCCAGCUCUUGUAUGCAUAAAUAAAUAAAUCUUUUAGAAAAAAAAGAUAAGUACUUUCACAUUUUUUUUAAGAUUUAUUUAUUUAUUUAUUUAUUUAUUUAUUUAUUUAUACAAGCACUGGGUACAGUCAGAAGCACAGGACGGUGAGAGAAUUCACCAGAGCCAGAGUGAGUACUUUCACAUUUUUAAAAGAAAGAGUUCCAGAGAAUUGGUAUAGCUCAUGUCAGUUCAUGUUGGGGGCUCAAAAGCCUUUGAGAAGAUGUCUGCACACUGGUCAUAAUUAAGAAAACUUCCUGCAGCACUUCUUUGAUAACUUUUAGGACCUGCUACUAGAAAGAAGGGAAGAAUGGGUGGGUUUGCAUGGGUUACUGUUGCAGUGAAAAUACCAGACAACUGUGUGUUAACAGUGACCUUUCUUAGAAUAUCUAGUCUUAUCACACUGCAGGUCUUACCAUCAGGGCUGUUGGUAUAUGACUUCACUUGUGACCUUCCAACCACUACAUUCUUAUCUUUCUUUUUCAUUCUUUUGCCAUUAAUAACUUAGAACUUUUUCUUUUCUUUUCUUUUUUUUUUUUUUUUUUGUAGAACAGCUGUGGGAAACAAAUAGAAUUCUAACUUUCCAAUAUAAUUGUCUUUUUUGGUGUUCCUAACUUUUUAAAAUCAUAAGUAUAUUUACUUAAUUUGCUUUUACUUUAGCUUUCUUUGUUAUGACUUACUCAUACUUAUAUUGAAAUUGCUGGAUAUGGGCCUCCCUCGGUGGCAUAGGCGCUUGAGUGCCUGCGCUGUGAAGCUGUCCGCAGCCUCUGCAGCGCCAGUUCGAUCCUGGUCAGCCUGCGAGAAUCCCACAUGGUGGGGCAGACCUCUCCUGUCUUGCCUGCUGCUCCCUACGCAGUGUAUUUCGUCAGUCUGUCCUGUUCCCUGCUCUGUCUCUGGUGAAUCCUCUCACCACCAC